AGAGAGAGACUUAAAACAAAGGUGGAUCCUCCUGCAGGGAGCUCCUGUUCCACUUCCUAUUUCACUGGGGAGCAGUGCUCUCAGGUGUGUGGGCCUUUCCCAAGGUUUUCCUGGGUGGAACCAAAUGGUAUUGCUCAUGCGAGCAUAAAUGAGUUCCAGGAGUACAAAUGUGUGUGAAGGGGAAUUAAAUGGUCUGUGUCUUGCUGCUCUGUGGCUCUGUUCUGCAUAGGGUUUUGUUUUGCACGGGGUGAAUCUCAGCAAGGAGCCAAGUCCAUCUCCCAGGCGUCCCCAGGGUGCUGUUGUUCCAGGGAGGCCAGGAGGUGGUGCAGGUGAGGAGUCAGUCCCUUGCCUCCAGGCUUUCCGAGCAUUACCUGUGAGGAUGCUGCUGAUACUCUGAGAGAAUUAUUUUCUCUUCUGAGGUUGAGGGGAGGAUGUAAAUAACUUCAUAUUUGCAGAAGGCGCAUUGCUCUGUACUUAAAUUCUCCUGGUUCCCAGGCCUCUCCACGUCUGGAGCAUCAGGACCCAUCUUUGCCAACCCUGGAUUUCUGGUUGUGUCCCGGUCUGGAUUGCAACCUGGUUAACUGCACACACUGAAGAGAAGGAAAAAACAAAGCUAAAUAGGACUUGGCUCAGGAUUGGUAUUGUAUAUGGUUUGGCUUUAUUUUCUUUCAUUAAUGAAAAUUGAAACAGGCUGAACAUUCUCCUUUGACUUCUGUAGACUUCAUGUUGGCAAUAAAGAUUUCCGUCAAGUCUUUAAAUAACGUUAUUGUUGUUCUCUAGCUUGUUAGUUUUGAUUUGUUUUACAAGUAGUUAUGCCUCAUUCUAAUUCCUCACUGAUUGCUUUUCCCUUUGAUUCUGUUUAGAGAUGCUUUGAUAGGAAACAACACCUAGCAUGUCAUUGCUGUGUCUUCCAUAAACGCUAUGGUCAUGGUCCUUCACUCACUUUCUGUCAGACACUGACUCAGCACUGCUGGGGACAUGGAGACGGCACCUGCUUUCAAGGAACUGAUAACCUGAUGAGGCUGGCAGGAAGCUGUUGGCCUUUUCUUGCUGAAGGAAGGGAAGUUCACCACUGAUCAUUAUCAGUGACUUCAUCUCUCUGAGCUUCAUUUCCUCACAUGUAAAAUGGGUAUACUAAUUCCCUUCAUGGAGUUUUUGUUCUUAAUUGAGGAAAUUUAGGUGAAAAUAUUGUAUACAUGAGGACUGGAAUGAAAUUGAUCCUAUUAAAAAGAAAGACCUUCAUCACAGCAAUGGGGAAGAUAAAGCACAAAGCGUGGAGACCCUGCCUCCAGGAAAAGUUCGGUGGCAGGACUUUAACCAGGAAGCUUAUGUUGGAGUAACGAUGGUCCGAUCUGGGCAGGACCCCUACGCCCGGAACAAGUUCAACCAGGUAGAAAGUGAUAAGCUGCGAAUGGACAGAAACAUUCCUGACACUAGACAUGAUCAGUGUCAGCGGAAGCAGUGGCGAGUGGGCCUCCCUGCCACCAGCGUGGUGAUCACAUUUCACAAUGAAGCCAGAUCAGCCUUGCUGAGGACAGUGGUCAGUGUGCUUAAGAAAAGCCCUCCCCACCUCAUAAAAGAGAUCAUCUUGGUGGAUGACUACAGCAAUGAUCCUGAGGACGGGGCUCUCUUGGGAAAAAUUGAGAAAGUGCGGGUUCUUAGAAAUGAUCGGCGAGAAGGCUUGAUGCGCUCACGGGUACGUGGGGCUGAUGCUGCCCAAGCCAAGGUCCUGACGUUCCUGGAUAGUCACUGUGAGUGCAACGAGCACUGGCUGGAGCCCCUGCUUGAGAGGGUGGCUGAGGACAGGACCCGGGUUGUGUCACCUAUCAUUGAUGUCAUUAACAUGGAUAACUUCCAGUAUGUGGGGGCAUCCGCUGACUUGAAAGGCGGUUUUGACUGGAAUUUGGUGUUCAAAUGGGAUUACAUGACCCCUGAGCAGAGACGAGCCCGUCAAGGGAACCCAGUGGCCCCCAUAAAAACCCCUAUGAUUGCUGGUGGGUUGUUCGUGAUGGAUAAGUUCUACUUCGAAGAGCUAGGGAAAUACGAUAUGAUGAUGGACGUAUGGGGAGGAGAAAACCUGGAGAUAUCGUUCCGAGUGUGGCAGUGCGGCGGCAGCCUGGAGAUCAUCCCCUGCAGUCGUGUGGGACACGUUUUCCGGAAGCAGCACCCCUACACCUUCCCAGGUGGGAGUGGCACUGUUUUUGCCCGCAACACUCGUCGGGCAGCAGAGGUGUGGAUGGAUGAAUACAAAAACUUCUAUUAUGCAGCAGUGCCUUCAGCCAGAAACGUCCCUUUUGGAAAUAUUCAGAGCAGAUUGGAACUUCGGAAGAAACUUAGUUGCAAGCCUUUCAAAUGGUACCUUGAAAAUGUCUAUCCAGAAUUAAGGGUUCCAGACCAUCAGGAUAUUGCUUUUGGGGCCUUGCAGCAGGGGACCAACUGCCUCGACACUUUGGGACAUUUUGCUGAUGGUGUUGUUGGAGUGUAUGAGUGUCACAAUGCUGGGGGAAACCAGGUAUGUUUGUGGAUGAACUGGGGGACCUGGGACCCAGUGAGGGGGGAUGUAGGGUCAUGAGGCUGGAAAUUCCACUGCCAGUUCUCCCUGUAAUCAGAUAUGUGCCUGUGAUCAGAAGUGCCUGGCCUCCGCUGGUGCACAGCCAGCCUUGGGAGCAAAUGAGAGGCCACCUAGUUGGCACCACCAUCACCCUCAGCUUCCCGGAGGCUUAGGGACCAGGCCCUGGUGCAGUGCAACAAGUGCACUGGCUGCUCAUCAAUACAGUCCUCCCCUUGUCCAGGCAAGUGCAGGGUUAGUGGGCUCGGCCUUCUUCCCUGUCUCUGUCUCUCCAGCUCUGUCCUCCCUGUUGUAUG